CUAAACCCACAACAGUAUAAUCAGUCUGUAUAUGCAGUAAAGCAUGCUUUUUAUACUCACUGUAGAACCCAAGGGGUUAAUCCUCUGCACUGUGUAAAAAUGCAGUUUUAUCCUGACUUCUCUGAUCCUCCCCUACGUCCAGUGCCCCCCUCUUAUCUCAUGAGAAGACAUAUUGCGUGGAGUCACUCUGCACAUGCUUAGUUUGGUGUGUAUUGCUAGAGAGGUUUUUUUUUCUUGGGAGGGGUGCAUGUGAUUAGCACAGGGCCAAUCAGGGCUCUCCAGACAGAGGGUUGGGGGUCAUGCAGCC